UCACACACACGCGCUGGCCUGCACUGUAUAAAUCUACCAUCGACAUUUUUUGAUUAUUGUGUGUGUAUGUGUGUAUAUAUACACCCAAAGCCCCCACCGCGAGCGUUGUCCUCGAAGAACAGAAGCUCGAGAGCUGAUAAGAGAGUUCUAGAGAGAGCGUAAACCCACCUUCUUGUUGGCGAGGGGAUAUGGCCGCCGCCGACGGUGUUUUCCGGUGCCUCUUCGAAGGUUGCCUCUCUGGCUUCGACAACGGCAUCGAGCGGCGGCCUUACCACCGUAACUGUGGUUGCGCCCUUCACGACGGCAAAUCCUCCGCCAACAAGGCGCCGGUCUGUGGCAAUGUUUCCUAUCCGAUACGGAGGUCGUGGAGUGAAGGCAGCUUGGUCAUGGCCGCUUUCUCUGCUCAUUACUCACCGUCUUCUUCUCCGGCCUCGGGAAGGCCUCCCUUGGGUUUCGUAGAUCUGCUACAAAAGCAGGAGAAUCUUAAAGGUUUUGUGAAUUAAGGUUCGAGAUUAACUUCUCUGCUUAGUAUCAUUUUCUUUCUGUUCAGUUUAGGUCUUAAUUCGUUUCAAUCUUUGUAAUAGCAAGUGAAGUUGGAUCAAUAUGUAAGGUUGUGAAGGGUUCUUGUGGGAAUCUAAAGUUUGGUGGUGUUUGUAUAUCUGACUAUUCCAUUUCUUGUAGAGAUGCUAAUGGAAUUUCUUUCAUUUGUUUA